GCCAGAGUACCUUGAUGCGCUGCCUGACCGGCUCUGUUUUGUUUCCUUUCCCGCAGAAACUCGCCUUUUACUCCAACAUGCAAGAAGCCCAGGAGAGCAGCAGUAGCGCCAGCGCCAGCAGCUCUUUCUCCAGCCACCCCGCAGCCAGCAUCAAGGAGGAGGACUGCAGCCCCGAGAAGGAGCGACCCCCGGAGGCCGAGUACAUCAGCUCCCGCUGUGUCCUCUUCACCUACUUCCAAGGGGACAUCAGCGCCGUGGUGGACGAGCACUUCAGCCGGGCACUCAGCCAGCCCAGCAGCUUCUCCCUCGGCAGCGCGAAAGCGACGCGGAACGCCGGCUCCUGGCGGGAUGGCUCCUUCCCAAUGAGCCAGCGCAUCUUCCCACCAUCCUUCUGGAAUAGCACGUACCAGCCCUCUUCAGUCCCAGCCAGCCUGAGCAGCCCCCUGGCAGCUGCCGCCCACAGCGAGCUGCCCUUCGCCACCGCCACCGACCCCUACGCACCCGCCUCCCUGCAUGGCCACCUGCACCAGGGAGGCCCUGAGCCCUGGCACCAUGCCCACCACCACCACCACCACCACCACCACCCCUACAUUGGGACACAGAGCACU